AUGUCAAGUCAUGUACGAGCAUUGGCCCAAACACGAAUACCAGAACUCUUCCCCCCAACGACGCUUUGCGCUCGCCUGGCCAUUCUGGCCAUCAUAGCGAUAAUGCGUACAUGGACUGAUGAGUUUGUGGAUGAGACCAAUGCGAUAGCAGAUGAGUACGAGAUUAUCUGUGACGAAGCCGUCGCACGAAGCCCUGUCAACCAUAGCAAAGCAUGUCGCACGGCUCUGUUGUCCAUGAGUCAUGCUUCAGACCCUCGGUUGGCCUACACUUCGACUAGCAUCUCACCACCGGAGAGCUUACAGACCUAUUGCAGCCAGGAUAGUCCCUUCACGUCUGUUGUCCACCCAUCGAACCCAGGGGGGCUAGCACAGGCGGCUCCUCUAAGCUCACAGGAAGAAGGAUGGUUGCUGCGUCAAUUCAGCGCCGAAGUAGAUAGGCUGGGCAAUAACGAUGAACCAUUGGCCAGCUAUGGCUUUGCAGCCACUGUCAUUUGCUCAUGUUAUGAAAUGUUAGACGCACCGGCCUCAGACUGGCAAAGGCAUCUCGACGGGGUGUUCUCUUUCAGCAAAUUGCGCAGAGUGAACGGAUCUUCUGGUGGAAUCGAGCAGGCUGGGUUUUGGUCAACAGCGCGACAGGAUGUAGUCUGCUCCAUCAUGCACAGAUCAAAGCUGAGGCUGGACCCCGAUUUGUGGGCAAUUGACCUGGAACAUAUAGGCCAGGAAGGGACUUCCUCGUGGCAGAUGUUCCAUCUUGCUCAAAUUCUGCUCCUCACCUCCUGCCCUACGCAGGACCGGAGUUGUAUGAUUGCCUUUAGGACAAUAGAGACAGAUAUGUGGCAUAGCCCAAAGCAAGCCAGACGGAAGCUGUCGGGUAAACUCCGUUCAGCCCAUUUACUAUGCGACAACGAAGAAAGGAAGGCAGCCAUUAUGCUUCUUGAAGAAAUUGAGGAUAACCUGGGCUGGGCUGCCAAAUACCGCGCCUGGGAUCUACGAAGGCUGUGUACGGACAUCUAG